CCCUGAUUCGGGAGAAGCGGCUUCGAGGGGAGGGGGAGGGGCGCCCUGCAGCUCCCGCCUCUGGAAUCCGAACCCCGCGUAGCUAUUGUGCGGUCUCCUAGCGACCCCAGAACCAGACGACGCUAACGCCAAGGGCUCAGCGGUCACCGCGAAGCAGAGCGCGACGAUGGCUGACCGCAGGCGACUGUUCAGGCCUACUCCGCUGACCAGGGUCGGCAAGAAUGGCAGGCCCUGGUGUAAAGAGAAUUUGCCUUCCCAGUUUUCCACGAAACAUGAGAAUAGGCAGUUACAUCCCACCUUCAUGAACACCCAACGGUGGGUAUUUGUGAAAAAGGGACUGGAUGACUUCAGGUAUGGCUGCCCUUCUUGUGAGAAUAUGAUCACUCGGGGCCUUCCGGAGCAUCCUGCCCCCCAGAGGUAUAGCAGAGGUCCCCGACCUCCCCCCACAAAGAGGCCGAGCUACCUGCCCAUGGGCGCAGCCCUGUGUUCCAGGCUUUCCGCAGCCCAGCAGGCCCGGAAGUCAUUCCUGGAGGAAAUCGAAGCCCAGCUGACCCGGCAUCCCCUGGCUCGCUACCCGGACCUGGAGGAAAGCAUGCCUCUGGAGUUCUUAAAAAGAACAUUUGGAUUCAUGGUGGCUCAUAUUGUAGUGAUCAUAUUUGAUGAUUCCAUUGUCUUUAGUCCCAAGAAGACUCCUCUGUCGAAGAAGCCACGCCAAUCGCUUUCUGAAGAGAAGCCCAGUGCAAAGGAUUCGCUCCACAAAGAUGGUCCUACUCCUAAUGAAAACGUCCGCAAAUCAGUGAGAGACUUCUGUGACUGGGCUGCUUCAAUUGGAAGCUCGAGGAUUGAUGAAGAGUACAUCAUGAAGCAAUUUGACAUUAACUAUGAGAGGGGAGUCAGCCAUAAUACGCUCCGCCCGAUGAAGCUCGGCGAGAUUCCUGGGGAACUAAGGAAGGGAGACGGGCUCAGGAAACAGCAGGAGUCAGAAUUUUUCCAGGAACUAGAGCCAGAACCUAAGAAUACUUCUAGACCAAAGCACGUGAAGAUGCGGUAUGGAUCCUGGUAUCAGCACCCAAAACUGUGGAAAAGACAAAGAGCAGAUGAACCUUUGAUUGACCCCAAGGCCUUACACAAAGACGAGAAUUUAAGAGAGGAGCAGAAGAAACAGGAGGAGGAGUUUGCAAAACUUCAUGGACCAGCUGCCUUUAAGGAUUUCAUUCUAAGGAAGGGCUACAGGAUGCCAAGUUUCCUGGAGAAUAUAAAUACCAAGAAGGAAUGUGAUUGCGAUUGUAAAAAGACUCCUAGAAAAUAACAGAGAAGAGUUUAGGAAGAUGAUUAGACAGAUUUUAUUUACUAUAUAGUAUUUGGCUAUUUUCUCUCUCACUGAAUAGAUGCAAAAUUUAUGAUGAGUGUCCCACCAUGGAUGUACAACUUUGACUCAAAGGUAUCCAUACAUUUUAUACCUAAUGCUUAUGAACAUUUCACAGUGGCCUUCUGCUUUCGUUAAUCCAUAUUUUAUAUAUUUUUGCCAAAUGUGAGAUCAAUAGUCAUAUAUAGUCUUCUUACAUAUUUGUAGCAUUGUAAAUUUAACAUAGUUAUAUCAAUUA